AUGGGAUUCACACUUCCUUCACCCGACAGCCCUGCAGAACAGGCUAAAACGCUCAUGAAUCAGAAGAAGAAUAUUGAAACCGAGAUUGAAUCCCACAUUUCUAUCCUGAAAGCUAACCAAUCAACGAUGCAAACCCCGCUCGUUGAUCCUGACGGCUUUCCUCGCGCAGAUAUCGACAUCUAUGCAGUCCGAGGGGCCAGAGUGAGGAUAAUAGAACUCAGAAAUGAUCUUAAGGAUGUCACCGCGGCCAUUGGGAAGGCAUUGGAAGCUGUAUAUGACCGGUCGCAAAGUGAAUCGGUGGGUAAACGGGAGAUGUCCGAAGAAUCUUCGUCCUCGAAGGAGCCGAAAGCAUUUGCAAAAGUUGACGGCGUGGCGCCAGGUAGUCCUGCAGCCGAUGCAGGUCUCUGUCGGGAGGAUCUGAUCGUGAAGUUUGGCCGAUUAGUGGAUACAUCAUUCUCAUCUGGAUCUCUGACACCAAUUGCAGAAUUGGUUGGAGCGAGCGAGAAUCAGAGCAUAGGGAUCAAAGUCUUACGGAAAGGUCAAAGCGUUUACCUUAGCCUCACCCCCCGCAAGGGAUGGGGCGGCAGAGGUAUGCUAGGAUGUCAUAUUGUUCCCUAUUCCCCCUAG